AUGGCCCGUUUCGGCCAGCGCAACGGUCUUUCCUCCACUAGAGCAACGCAGCUCGCCCAUUCCAGAAGAAACCUGUCAUUCAUGACGACCACUACCGAGACGCCCCGUCGAUCAUGGGCCGGUGAGUCCGGAUCUGCUGUACAACCGGUCGGUCACACAAAGGUGGUGUCCCUCCACCCCUCCCAAAAGCGCCUGCAGCCAAGCGCAGGUGUCACAAAGUGGCGUACCACUCUCGCAUGGGCUCAGAUCUGCCGAUCCGGGGCCAUCUACACGGUCCGCAAGGCUAUUGGGCACAAGCGACUACAUAGAAACGAGCAUUAUUGCAAGCUUGAAGCAAUAUUGGCCCUGCUUCCCGAAGCAGCCAAAUCCGACAAUGACGGCUCAUUUACGUUGUUUUGUCAUAUUCCUGAUGUAAACCGUGCAGAUAGUGUCCUUGCGGGCCGCACUGACAGGAUGAUCUAUGUGACAAAGAUUGGCCGCGGAAGAGUCUCAUCUAGCAUUCUAUUCGGCGAUCUAAGUGCAAGCGGCUAA